AAUUCCGCGGGGCAUCGCUAAGGUGCGGAUCCCAGGGCUCUAAUCAGUCGAGGCGGUCAGCGAGACGGCCUUCUCUUUUAUCGCAUCCCUCCCCAUUGCUGCUCUUCAUUCGUCGUAGGACUCUCUACAGGUCAUAGAGAGCUUGGUAGAAAUGCCUGUUGAAAUUGUUACAAUUGUCAACCAGUCCGGUAAAAUUAUAAGUAAUGGCAAACACCUAGUCGCUGCAUUUAAAGAGGCCAAAGCUGCCUACGACGAGAAGAAGGCCGCCGUAAGAGCGGAACGUGCUGUACGGCGGAGCCAAACCUACGACAUACCAGCCGCGCCUCGUUAUCAACCAGAACCGAACUAUGACUACGAGUAUGGCGGGUAUGACCGUCGACAUUCGCACGACGAUGGCGUUUCACAGACCUCAUCGCGUAGGAGUCAUCGCUCAAAGCAUAGCCGGGCCAGUCGCCACCGGUCUGCUUCACAAUCGCGACCGGCACUGACAGAGGGAAAUCUGAAGACACAUUCUGAAGUGUCCUCCGUCACACCUUCGCGACCACCAAUAGCUUACCGCUCGCCAUAUGCGGAAACGGCCCCCAGAGAUAUGACCUUGAGUCGACCUACGCUUCCCCGCGCUCCUACAGCGCCUUAUACGCCAACUGAAGUAAUGGCACCUGUGCCGAUGGGGAAUACAUAUAUGCAGCGGUCGGUAUCGGACCCAGCGCUCCCAGAGACAGGCAAAAAGAAAAAGGAGAUCGAUAUGAAUUUAGCAUAUGGAAACAUCCCGCCGGAUCUCGCAGAACGAGUUGAUCUAGAUCCGGCGUAUCAAGCGGUUGAGAAAGAGCACAAGGCGCGCACUCUGAUGGAGAAGAUCGAGGACCUUCUGGUAGAAGCGCAAUGUCUACACCACACCGCCACACACAUCAUAGAACAUCUGCAAGGCAAACCAGAAGCUGCAGCUGCAGUGGCGCUUACGCUUGCUGAAUUAUCUGCGCUAUUGGGCAAAAUGUCACCGUCAUUCCUAGGGGUAAUCAAGGGAGGCAGUCCAGCCAUAUUUGCACUACUCUCGAGCCCGCAAUUCCUAAUUGCAGCCGGACUAACGGUCGGCGUGACCGUGGUUAUGUUUGGAGGGUGGAAGAUUAUCAAACGUAUCAAAGAGGCAAAGGAAGCUGAAACAGCGGCCCGCAUGCAACCGAUGGCCUUUGAGGCGGACCCCGGUCAACCUGUCGAACAACAACCGGCGGUUCAACCUCCGUAUCCCCCGUCCGAGGCGAGUCAAGAAUUUGACGAAGCUUUGGUCGUUGAGGAAGAGCUAAGCACCAUCGAGACUUGGCGACGAGGCAUUACACCCUUCGGCGAAGACGAGAGUGCCGAUCUCGAAUUAAUCAGUCCGGAAGCGGAUCGCGCUAUACGCAGUCAGUACGGUGGUGAUGAUGCGCGAACCGAACGAAGUGUCCGGACGAGCCGGUCACACAAGUCAAGCAAGUCACACAAAUCGCACAAGUCGCAUCGCAGCAGUCGAGCUCACGAUGACAGCGAUAUACCCGAGCGAAGGAGCAGCCGUCUAAAUCAGGAGGUUAGCGAUGAAGUAAGUGAGUUGGGCAGCCAUCGAAGCCACCGCAGUCACCACAGUCACCGUAGCCAUGACAGCCGCAAGAGUGAGAAGACAGAACGAUCCUCACGGACCAAGCGUUCUAGUAGGACCGAGGUUAAGGCCAUUGAAGAUGGAAGCCGGGACAAGGACAACACUAUCGAAGCUGUCCUUAGACCGAAGAAAGACAAUAUGCUCAAGACGCUAUUCAAGAAAAAGAAGAAGGAAGACGAAGACCAUAAGCGUACUUCAUCGCUUCGGGUGUAAUGAGAGAGAGUCAAUUAACAUAUCGCAUAAAUUUUCAUGACAGAGCUAAUCUGUCAUCAGCAUUAUCAUACCUAUUGGUUUGAGUACGGGUAUAGGUUUGGUUGAAUUCAGC